AGGGCUGGGACCCGAGAGCUCGCGCGACCACUUUCCCUCCAGUCUCCUCCAGCACCGCGUCGCAAACGGGGCCGGAAAGCGUGGCGGCGCAGGCGCAGGCGCCGAGAGCGGAGGCGGUGGUGGUGGCGGCCGCUGGCCAGUGUAAGAUGGCGGCGGCGUUGGUGGCGGCAGUGGACGGGGCGGCUGGGCCUGAAGCAGUCGGAGCAGCCGCUGGCAGAAGGAUGACCCGAGACGGGAAGCGGGCUGCUGAGCCUCGCCGGCUCCCGUGCUUGUAACUGCCCCAGCCGGACACCCCCCCCCUUGACCUACCCGGUCCGUGUCUCGUUCCGGCUUGGCCUGACCCCCUCGCCCCUGGCCCGCUCCCCGUCAGGAUAGGUUGGAGGACUCCUUCUCCAAGCUCCCAGGGCUCAGGUCUUUUCCUGGCCCCGACCCGAGUCUCCGCCGGGAGGACUGGCUGCCCUUGCCUCAGCCCUUCAGUGAAUCAACAGACCUAUUUUCUCAGGAGCUCAGCCUGGCCCUCCUUCAGAGAUAAAGAAGGAAAGGCUGGCUACAAUAAACACCAGUCAAGAUGUCCAGCAAAGGGAACAGUGCGGAUGGCAAAACAGACUUAGCCAAUGGAAGCCUGUCUAGCAGUCCAGAGGAGAUGUCUGGCGCUGAGGAGGGGAGGGAGACGUCCUCAGGCAUUGAAGUGGAGGCCUCAGACCUGAGCUUGAGCUUGACUGGGGAAGACGGUGGCCCCAACCGUGCCGGCACAGGAAGCCGGGGCACAGAUACAGAGAGCUCAGGUGAAGACAAGGACUCUGACAGCAUGGAGGACACGGGCCAUUACUCCAUUAACGAUGAAAACCAAGUCCAUGACCGCUCAGAGGAAGAGGAGGAGGAGGAGGAGGAGGAGGAGGAGGAGGAGGAGGAAGAGCAUCCUCGGCGCCGUGUCCAGCGGAAGCGGGCCAACCGUGACCAGGACUCCUCGGACGAUGAGCGGGCCCUGGAGGACUGGGUGUCUUCAGAGACGUCCGCGCUGCCUCGACCGCGCUGGCAAGCCCUCCCCGCCCUCCGGGAGCGGGAGCUGGGCUCCAGCGCCCGCUUUGUGUAUGAGGCCUGUGGAGCGAGAGUCUUCGUGCAGCGCUUCCGCCUGCAGCACGGGCUCGAGGGCCAUACUGGCUGUGUCAACACCCUGCACUUUAACCAGCGCGGCACCUGGCUGGCCAGUGGCAGCGAUGACCUGAAGGUGGUGGUUUGGGACUGGGUGCGGCGGCAGCCAGUGCUGGACUUUGAGAGCGGCCACAAAAGCAAUGUCUUCCAGGCCAAGUUCCUUCCUAACAGCGGGGACUCCACCCUGGCCAUGUGUGCCCGUGACGGGCAGGUGCGAGUGGCAGAGCUGUCUGCCACUCAGUGUUGCAAGAACACGAAGCGUGUGGCCCAGCACAAGGGAGCGUCCCACAAGCUGGCCCUGGAACCCGACUCUCCCUGUACGUUCCUGUCUGCGGGUGAAGACGCCGUUGUUUUCACCAUUGACCUCAGACAAGACCGGCCUGCCUCGAAACUGGUGGUGACAAAGGAGAAGGAGAAGAAAGUGGGGCUGUAUACAAUCUAUGUGAAUCCUGCCAAUACCCACCAGUUUGCAGUGGGUGGACGAGACCAGUUUGUAAGGAUUUACGACCAGAGGAAAAUCGAUGAGAACGAGAACAACGGAGUGCUCAAGAAAUUCUGUCCUCACCACCUGGUGAACAGUGAGUCCAAAGCAAACAUCACCUGUCUUGUGUACAGCCACGACGGCACAGAGCUCCUGGCCAGCUACAACGAUGAAGACAUUUACCUCUUCAACUCCUCUCACAGCGAUGGGGCCCAGUAUGUGAAGAGAUACAAGGGCCACAGGAACAAUGCCACAGUAAAAGGCGUCAAUUUCUACGGCCCCAAGAGUGAGUUUGUGGUGAGCGGCAGUGACUGCGGGCACAUCUUCCUCUGGGAGAAGUCCUCCUGCCAGAUCGGAAGAGCCUCCGGCCUGAGUGAGGGAUCUCUCGGCAUGCACUUCUCCCAAGGAGGAGCGUUGGGGUUGAGGGCUCUCCACGCCACAUGCCUCAUCGCUCAGGGGUAGCUGAGUAGUGACCUUGACUAGAUCCGGGGUCAGUGGAUCCAAGGUAGAAGGAGCAUUUCCCAGACAGUCGGGCGAGUCAGAAUAUGGUCCACACGUCCUUUCCCGGGGCCUUCGAUGUGAAGUUUAUGUCACGUGACAGCAGCAUUUUGUGUAGGGCAUCCUGGUACUUAGGAGAUAUAUAUUAAACAUCUAAAGGUGAAGUGUCUUAUUUAUAUUUAAAUGAACAUAAACCCAUGACACAGACAUGUAGAUGGGACAGAGCACACGUGGCAAGUUGUUGUCGCUUAGUGACCGAGCAGCCUGCGGUGCGGCCCAUGGUCCAGUCCGUCUGCUGUCCUUUGAAUUCUAAACGCCCUUCAUAGGGCUGGGGCAGAGAGGAAGCUUGAGGGGUCCUGAACCGGGGGUGGCACGUGGUCAGCUCUUACGAUGUAUCUAGCUAAUCAGACAUUUUUUUUCUUUUUUGAGACCCAGACUCCAAAAGGAGUUUAGUGGUUCCUCUUAUAAGGUUUUUGGACUGCAGCAGAUCUGAAAAAGGCAUUUCGGGAGACGGCCUUGUACUGACUGCCCAAGGCCUCUGGCCACGAGCCUCUAAGGAGGGGCUUUCAUCCCGUCUGAGCUCUGGGGAGAUGUGAAGAGUCCAUCUCUUCCGGAGGUUUCCAGACAGUGGUGCUAGAGUUUAAAAUGGUUCUUUGUAGGCAGGCUCCCUUUCCUUGUGUGUUUCUUGCCCUCACAGGAAGCUCUUUCAGACGUUUUUCUGGUUUUGUCUAAGAUUUCGGGACCUGGGGCCAGUAUAGAUCAAGGCUUCUCUGGCCGGGGCGUAUGUGGAGAGGGUGGAGGGCUUGACGGUGCGUCUCGCUGUCGCCUGGCCCCGUCCUGCCCUUCCACGGCCCUCCUCCGCCAUCUGCAGUGAACAGACUACAGUGCCGGAGUCUCCGUGAGGGUUCUGCAGUAGGGCGUGUAGUCGGAAGGAAGUCAGGGGCCAGUGAAUCUUUUCUAGAUCAUAGACGAUCUUGCGUUCCCUUCCGGAGAGGCGCAGGGCUGGAUGCCCUCUCCCAAGCCACUCUGCAGGCCAGUUUGCUUUCAGCUCCACCUGUAUCAGGGUGUGAUGGGAAAUCCAGGUUCCCAGGCGGGGAGGGCAACUGCGUGGGAUAGGAGGGCCCCACGCCUGGAUCUCGCGGUCACAAGAGAGAGACUAGAACAGGAGAUCUAGACAGGCACCCUGAAGCGAG